UUUUUGUUUUGUAUUCGUAAUUUUUAAGAUCUUACGUAGUGCUGCUUGAAUCCCAAUUCCCAAUUUGAUCCGAAAUAUUAUUACAGCGUCUGCUUACAAUUAUCAUAUACUUGCAUUCAAAAAAAAUCAAAACAUGACUAUUGGCAACUCCUCUGCAUUGAUUACGAAAAGGAAACAAUCAAAUUAUCCUCCACAAGGAGUAAGAUGUCAGAAAUGUCUGGAAAUGGGUCACUGGUCCUAUGAAUGUAAAGGCAAAAGAAAGUAUGUCCAUAGGUCAUCCAGAACUCAGAUAUUAAAGAAGAGGCUUAAAGCUAAAGAGGAAGGCCUCUCUAGCAUUCACUCAAAGGCAUCCACACUCACAAAAGCCAAGGACAAAUCAAGUAAAAAAUCCAAAAAAGAAGAAAGUUCCAGCUCAAGCAGCUCGAGUGAUUCUUCCUCUUCAAGUUCGGAUAGUGACAGCAGCAGCAGCAGCUCUAGUAGCGACAGUGAUAGUUCAAGUGAAGAUGAUAGGAAGUAAGAUAAAAUUUAAUAGAUGUAUUAAUGGUUUCAUUUUUAUAUAAUAUAAUUUAUAUUUCUCAGAA